UGCAAGUGGUGGGUUUUGUUUGAAAGUAGUAGAUCAACAUACAGUUUUAGAGAGUGUAGUAGUGAAGAUGUGUAAUUUAGUUACACAUUGAAAAAUUAGUUAGAGGCUGUCUUAAUUAGUUUCCCAAGUUGAGAAAGAGAAGUGUAAACUGUAAGAAAUGGUAAUAAAGCUUAGUUAGGAAGUUGAAAUGUUAAGUGGAAGGAUUGCACUAAGCAGGUAUUUCAAGAACAUAGAAAGGGUAAUGGGCUAGAAGUUUUGACAAUAAUGCAUUUAGGUCUUGGGAGUGUUUCAUUGAGCAACGUGUUUCAACUAUUAGCUAGUGAAGAAAGGUAGCCGGAACAGAGAAGGAAAGUGGACAGGAUGGGAUGAUAGAGCUAAGUUUAAAGAGAUCAUUGUUGUAGGUAAUAAAGGCUUCUCAACGAUGUCAUAAGUGUUUUAGUGAAUACGACAUGGUGCCAUCUUGGAUUACAAGUGAUCUUCUAAUGUGGUGGACAGAACAAAACAAAUCUUUAAGAACUCUAGCAGACAAUCAUACUUUGACAUAUUAGAUGGUGAAUCAAAGGCCAGAUUCUCAACAAAAUACUAAUUUGAUAAAAAUUGCCUUGUUCACCAUUCAUAAGACCAAAUGGAGUCAUGAUGUAAAGUUAUUACCUGGUGUAAAAACCACAGGCAUCGUAGUAUAUCUGACAUAUAGUACAAGCUUCUACAUGCUAGAAGAUCUGAGAGCGUAAAAAAGUACAGUCCUAAACUUAUCUGGUUACUAGUUGGGUUUGAGAUGUUUCAACUAUGUUGGACUGCAAGUUUGAAAUAAGGAUGGAGAGCACACUUAAAUAACAAUGGAAGUAUUGAAGGAUGAAAAUAUAACUCUCUGACGAAGAAUAGAAUGGAAGUCAAGUUGCUGAGAAAUGGAAGCUAAAGAAUUAUCACUUUGUAGAGAAAUUACUUUCCCAGAAGAAGGAUCUUCACCUUCCAUCUUUGAUUUCAAAGUAGCAAAAGAAGAAAAAGAAGAGAACUAUGAUGAAUUAACAGAGAAAAUAGAGGACACAACUGUCAGAAUAAGUACCAAGCAAACUGGUGAUUCACCACAAAGUGGAAUUAUAUCCAGAUUCAGUGAGAGUGAUAAUGAAGUUCAAGAUUUUUCAAAACAAGGUGCUGUGGGUGUGAAAAAAGAAAUUGAACCAGAAGGAGGAGAGUUGCAACAGAUUAAUUCUGAGUUAGAAGUUUUAUCAGAUCCAAAGACAUACUUAAAUAACUGCUGUGGAAAGCAGUUUCCUGUUCAUCAUCUUUUUACAAAGACAAAAUGGAAAUCUCUGAAAUCAAGCAGUGGUGACAUACUUGGUGAAACAUUGUCAAGAGAAAAAAACAAAAGCAAAACUCAUCACACUGGAGAUAAACUGCACAGGUGUGUAGUGUGUGGCAAAAAAUUUGGAAGAAAUAGUGGCCUAAAAAAACAUGAGAAGAUACACACUGAGGAGAAAUUGUACAGGUGUGUAGUGUGUGGAAAAGAAUGUGGAAGUAAUAAUGACUUAAAAAAACAUAAGAAAGUACACUUUGAUGAGAAACCACACAAUUGUGUAGUGUGUGGAAAAAGAUUUCUUAGGAAUAGUGAGUUAAAAAUACAUGAGAGGACACACACUGGAGAGAAACCCUACAGAUGUGUAGUGUGUGGCAAAGAAUUUGGAAGUAGUAGCUAUCUUAAAAUACAUCAGAGGAUACACACUGGGGAGAAACCAUACAGUUGUGUAGUGUGUGGCAAAAAAUGUAGAAAAAAUGGUGACCUAAAAAAACAUGCAAGAACACACUCUGGGGAGAAACCCUAUGGGUGUCUGCUGUGUGGGAAAAAAUUUGGAAGUAAUGGUGAACUAAAAAUUCACGAGAGGACUCACACUGGGGAGAAACCAUACAGUUGUGUAGUUUGUGGCAAAGAAUGUGUAACAAAUAGUGACCUAAAAAAACAUGUGAGGACACACACUGGUGAAAAACCAUAUAGUUGUAUAGUGUGUGGCAAAGAAUUUGGGAGUAAUAGUCAUCUUAAAAGACAUCAGAGGAUACAUACUGGUGAGAAGCCAUACAGUUGUGAAGUGUGUAGCAAAGAAUUUGUAACAAAUAGUUAUUUAAAGAUACAUAUGAGGAUACACACUGGGGAGAGACCAUAUAGUUGUGUGUUGUGCGGCAAAGAAUUUAGAAGCAAUAGUCAUCUUAGUAUACAUCAGAGGAUACACACUGGAGAGAAACCGUACAACUGUGCAGUAUGUGGCAAAGAAUUUGGACGUAAUAGUCAUCUUAAAAGACAUGAGAGGAUACAUACUGGUGAUAAAAAAUGUAAAUUUGUUUAGAACCAUGCACACAAUUUAAAAGUAGUAUCUUAAAGGACAGAGGGUACUAUUUUGGGAAACACCUUACUGUGUACAGUGCAUGGAAAAAAUAAAUGAAAAGAUGCAUAAUAGGGAGAAUUCAUAUAGUUGUAAUGUGUGUUGUAAGAAGUUUCCUCUGGAAGGAUUUAUAGAAAUAUCAUGAGUAGGUAAAGACAUAUUUUUGUUUUUGGGGUGUGUGUGUAUAAUAUAUAUAUAUAUAUAUAUUAUGGGAAAAUAUUUAAAGAAAUAUCACCGGGGUAAAACAAUAUGGUUAUAGCAUUACUGACAAAGAUUAUGUAAGAGUUCCUAUAAAAUGUGUAUAGACAACAACAGUGAAUAAUUCCCAGGUAUUUUUAGAUAUGUUGUUAGAAGGUUAGAAUACUAAGUUAAUUUACAGAAGAGAAUUUAUGUCUGAGAUAUAGUACUAUAAAUUUAUAACAAAAAAGGAACAAAUUUUCCAAAAUCUAACACUAAAAUUUACAAUGGUACACAUUUAGAGUGACCUGUCUUGAUUAAAUUCUAAUGUAGGUCCAAGCUAAAUGAGCCUCAGUAUGACUGUAUGAUAAUAUAAUCCAACAUGGCCUUGUGCUAACUCAAAAAUGCCAUUCAUGCAUUAUCAGAUGAAAUUGUUAUGUAUAAUUUUAAUUGAAUCUGAUCACAGGUAACAUGCAUUUUUUAUUGUUUAUUUUCUAAAAGGUAAGUCAUCACAAUAUGUGUAUGAACUAAAUAAUACAUGUUCCUAUAAUGUCUUACUUGUUUGUUUGCGAUUACCAUUCCCAUUAUUUUAAAUGAGCAGUUAAUGGACCAUCUAAUAGUUUGGCAAGAGCUUCCAUGAUUAUAUAAUGGUCACACCAUAUCAUUGUAAGAACAGUGUCCACCACAAAUAAUGUAUGCUUGUGUGCACCGAAUACAUGACUUUACACCCUUGUACACUUUGAUAUAUCAUACUCUGAAACUACAGUGGAUUAGUUUGUAGCAGUGAUUAGAAGUCUCAGGUUGCACUGCCACUGUAAAGGAAUGAAACCAAUCUCUUCUUUCUUCCAUUUCCUGCAGAUGAUUUUUCAAUAGUUACGAAUUCUGGAUGAGACACUCCAAAUGUAGCAUACUUAUGAAAAAAAAUGCUGUAUUUCUAUGUUUAUUAAGAGCAGCUAUAAUUGGAGCUAUAUUCUGUCUCUUAUGAGUUCAUUAACAACAUCCAGUGCUCAUGUUAACCUUGUUCACUGGUUGUACAGUAGAAGAAUGUAUCUUUCUAAUUUGAUAUCUCUCUGGGGCACAUAGAUAAAGAGGUGUAAUGUACAUGUAAUCUGUUGGGAAUGCCUUCCAAACACCGCACAUUCUGCAAUAUAUUAUCCAGUUUUGUAACUAGUAUAGGUAUAUCAAGAAGAUAGGAUAGCACUGAGUUGACUCUGGGCUCCUGCAUCUAACUAUAUCGGUAGACUGGAACAUAGCACUUGUUAACAACUUUUUUGGACAGCAAAUACUGUAAAACAACAUUUGAGUAAACCAUUCUGAUAAGAAUUGUGAGUGACCUUAACUGGCAGCAUGAAUCUGCUUUCUUAUGGCCAUAUGGUGACACGUCUACUGUAUCUGACUUCAGUUGUACCAACUGUAUUGUAUCCAGAAAUGUUCUGAUGAUGGCUGUGUUGUGGUAGUAUAUUCUGACUAUAUCUUCUGACAUUAGUUUGAAUAAUUCAUCUUUGAUCUCCCUGAUAUAAAGAAAAUACCUUCUAUCAAUGAACAAUCAAUUUGCAUUAUGAUGUCAUACCACCAAAUUGAGACUCAUCCAGUUUGGGUCUAUCAGCUAUUACUCUAAAGGUGAUAUCCUAGCUGUAUACCCUGAGGCUUAUUGGUUUCGUAUUUUUUGGAGUACAGCAAAAGUGAUGGAAGCUAUAGUAACUUAACUUACUCUGAAAAGAAACCUAACACUUGUAAGUUGUUUUCUUGUUUAACCUGAAGAGAAACCUGACACUUGUAGUUUCUCCAAGUGUAAGUUGUUUUCUUGUUUAACCUGAAGAGAAACCUGACACUUGUAGUUUCUCCAAGUAUAAGUUGUUUUCUUAUUUAACCUGAAGAGAAACCUGACACUUGUAGUUUCUCCAAGUGUAAGUUGUUUUCUUAUUUAACCUGAAGAGAAACCUGACAGUUGUAGUUUCUCCAAGUGUAAGUUAUUUUCAUGUUUAACCUGAAGAGAAACUUGACACUUAUAGUUUCUCCAGGUGUAAGUUGUUUGUAAAUAAUCAUACAUUUAUGUAAUGUGAAAAAAAAGAAAGAAGGAAUAGUUACCUAAAACAAUAUUACGAGUAGUGAAACCAUAAAGCUGGGAUGUCUAUGGUAAGGAAGUUUAAAAAACAAGUACACUUGAAAGAAAUCAUUGAAGUAAAUGUUGUGGAGAUGAGCCACAUAUUUGUGAAGGUUUUGAAAAAAUUAUAUAAGGUGACAUGGUAGGACAUGUAAAUAAGACUUGAUCUUAUAAUAGGUAUCAGUUGUUGGAUGAGGGAUAAUCUCCAUUAAUUAUCAGAAUGUUUUUACUUGUUUUUAACUUAAACAUUGUACAUAUUCUGUAUGAAUUAAAAAUUGAUUAUUUGAAGAC